AUGUGGUGGUUCUUCAGCGCGUGCUCGAGCGCCAUCUUCCUGCUCACGGUCGUCCUCUCCAUACCCCUCGCCUUCGACGUCGGGGGCCGAGACACCGGGCUAGCCUACUCGCUCACCCUGUUCCUAUUCUACUUCUUCUACAGCCUCGCGAAACUUCUUACGCCCGACCGCUCGCGGGUACGCUGGUUCUUCCGCAGCCUCGUCGGUUGGUCCCAAUGGGUUGUGAUUCCGGCCCUGUUGAUCUGGUCGCUCAGCCGGUUUUCGGUGGACGCCACGGAGAACGCCGGGUGGGUGUCGCGGACGUUCUCGCAGAUCAUCUCGACGAAUCAUAAGACGUGGAAGGAAUGGUUCUUUGGACAGGAGGGGUUUGUUGAGACGGUUGCCCUGGGCGCCUGGGAUAAUACCUUGAGCUACUCGAGCCCUUUCUUUCAGCUGCUGGAGGGAUUCUGCAGUCUGCUGGUGAUCCAGGCCGCGGGGCAAAUUACGAGGUGGUUGGUCAACCGUGGGAGGAGUGACACAUGGGUGAUUGUCCUUCUCGUGUUCUCUGCCUCCAUCAUCUCGAGCGCCGUCUACUUUUUGUGGCGCGUCAUCUCGUUCCCACAAGUCGGCAAUCUCGAUGCUACGCUGAUCGGCGUGGCUAUGACGUCGGCUGCAUUCCUAGGCGCCUUCGGCAUCGCCAGCGGCCGCGGCAACCCCGUCGAGUCGUCCAUGUUGUUCGCCUACGCCGUGCUCUGCGUCUACCAGAUCUUCACCGACUACCAGCCCUCCCCCGAGGCCGCUGCCGCCGCCGAGCAAGCCGCUGCAGCGCAGCCCGAUUUCCCCCCGUUCCCACCCAUCAUCAUGGCGUCGUACUCAACCCUCCUCCACAUGCUGAGCAACCUCCCAACCGCCGUCAGCUCCUCCUUCCAAUUCCUCUACGCCGCCUUCCAAACCAUCACCCCAAGCGUCAUCAUCUCCCUCACCUACCGCAUCAUCGUCUUCUACUGCGCGACUCGCAUCAUCCCCGCCGUCCGCGAACUCGGCGCAACAGCCAUCAUGGACGAGCCGCCCAUCUCCCUCGAAGAAUCCGACAGCGCCAACCGCCUCAUCGGCUUCCUCUCCUGGUUCUCCCCAUCCAUCCUCAUCGCCGUCUACACCAGCCUGCUCCUCCAACACUUCACCAUCUCCUCGUCAUCCACCACCGGUGGUACUCUGGAUGGGUUAAUCGCCGACGACGCCGCGGGCUGGACCCUCCGCGCGGGCGACGCCGCCGGCAGCACCUGGCGCUGGGUCAACCUGGCCGCGACCGUCGGCCUGUACGCCGUUGAACUGUACCUCGGCGGCGACGGCGACGGCGGCGCCCACUGGAAGACCGAUUAG